AUGGAGGCACCCUCACGAUACAGGGAGCCCGCCGGUCUUCCGAGUAUCCUUAUAGAUUCUUCGAACCCCAGGACCUCGGCCCGGACGGAUCCUUUUAGCAUGUACUCCUCGUCCGUUGCCGUCUCCAUUCCCGGAUCGGAUAGAAUCAACAACGCGGCUCCUCCGCCUUUACCUCCUCCUCGAUUCCCUUUGGAACAAGCCCACAUGCAUCCUCAUGAGCCUAGACAGUACCAUCGCGACCCUUCAUCCUACAGUCCGAGGGAACACAGUUAUCAUGAUAGCAUUGGAAGCUUGGACGACAGGCCCAACUACAAGAGAGCUGGUUACAGGCAUGAGAGAGACGAAGGAUAUGCAAGCAUGGGCUCGGCUUCGGCCUCGACAAGGUCCGAAUGCUCUUUGCCGAGUAUCUCUGCUGGGUUUGGUUUACACCACAACAAGUUCCAAUUUCAGUCCAGCGCCGAUGCCUUCACCGAUAUGAAGAAGAAGUUGGACCCAGCGAAGACAUUCGACAACAAGCCUUCUGUAUCCCUUCUUAGUGCCUCGAGCGCAUCUGCUACCGACCCCUUCUCAAGGAGACUGUCCGGCGACCAACGUGUACCUUCGCUCUCCGUACCCACGAAUCUGCCCUUUCACCUGAAAACGUCAAAUCUUCUAGACUCGCCGGACCGGUACACCCAGACGCCACACUCUGCCUUAUCCCCGUCUCCGGGGAGUCUUCAUCUCGGCCAUGAUUAUCGGUCACCGCGUUCAGUCUCUGACCUUGAGCGGUCACCGCCCAUGCGAUCGAGGAGGAAUAAUAGCGACGAUACAUCUUCGCACGGGUAUGAGGUGGAGGACAUGGAAAUCGAGGAGACAAAUUCGAUGAAGAGGUUACGCAUCGAGGAUCCUAUGCGAGCUCAUUAUGACGGCGUUGGGACAAAACGACGCGCCUCGGCCGAUCCGGACGAUAGUGUCCCCCUCGGCUUCACGACUCAGGGUGACUUGUUGCGCCGCCGUGAUGGUAACCAGAGAGGUUCGCCGACACCUCGCCUGAGCGUGAUUCCCCAGGGCUCUGUUUCCUCCAUCUCGUCUGGAGGGCGUGCAGGAUCCUACAGUUCCAACCUGUCCCUGCUCACUGGCAGCAUCGCCAGCAUGAGCUCUUCUUACGGCCGAGUCUCCCCUGGCGGCUUGUCGCCGGGAGGCAUCUCGCCCGGCGGUACGGACCCCAGCUGUAGCUCUCCGUACAGCGCAACAAUGUCGCUGAAUCCUUCGCCGCGUGGCUCUCUCUCACGCGCACCUCACCAGCGGACAAUAAGCGAAAGCCGGCCUCUUGCUUCUCCCCGCAAGCUCACUGAGGUGAGCAAGCCAGGCGGCACCAAGAUCUCUGGUUUCUUCAUGUGCGAGUGCUGCCCCAAGAAGCCCAAAAAGUUCGAAACCGCAGAGGAGUUAGGAGCUCACGAACAAGAAAAGCAAUACGAAUGUUCUUUCUGCGGAAAUCGAUUCAAGAACAAGAACGAGGCGGAGCGCCACCAGAACAGUCUCCACGUCCGCAGACAUAGCUGGAGCUGCUCGGCGCUUAGCCAUUAUGACCGAGCCUUUCACGACAGCACCAACCGGCCUGGCGAGGCAGACACUUGUGGCUAUUGCGGCGAGGAGUUCACUCGAAACGGCCGCGGCCCUGGUGCCUCGGCCCCUCGUCACGCCACCGAUCAGGAUUGGGAGGAGCGCAUCCGCCAUCUUCAGGAGGUGCACAAGUUCCGGGAGUGCAACAGCAGCAAAAAGUUCUUCCGUGCGGACCAUUUCCGGCAGCAUCUCAAGCACAGCCACGCCGGGACAAGUGGCAAAUGGACGAACAUGCUGGAAAAUGCCUGCAUGUUGGACGAGGACCCGACCCCAAGGUGA